AACAAGUGUGAACCAUGGCAGCUCCUCCGCUGACCCUGGCCUGCGCCCUGUGCCUGCUGCCCGGGCCCCUGGCGCUGCCGCUGCCCCCGGAGGUGCCAGGCCCGGGCCAGCUGCAGUGGGAAGAGGCUGAGAAUUAUCUUGAGAGAUUUUAUGUCCAUAACUCGAAAAGGAUGGAAACCAAUGUAUUUGAAACCAAACUCAAGGAGAUGCAGCGGUUCUUUGGCCUGCCUAUAACUGGAAGGCUAAACUCGCACAUCAUGGAAAUAAUGCAGAAGCCCAGGUGUGGAGUGCCAGAUGUUGCAGAAUUCUCUCUGUCUCUGGAUCAGCCAAAAUGGCCUUUCAAUAUAAUCAGUUACAGGAUCGUGUCAUACACUUCAGACUUGCCCCGGGAGGUAGUGGAUAAAAUAGUGGUAAAGGCCUUCAGUAUGUGGAGUGAGAAGACACAGCUCAAGUUCUACAGAGUGGACUCUGGGACUGCGGACAUCAUGAUCGGUUUUGCCAGAGGCGCGCAUGGAGACCAUUACCCAUUUGAUGGACCAGGAUACACCCUCGCGCAUGCCUUUGCACCUGGGCCGGGCCUCGGAGGAGACGCUCACUUUGACAAGGAUGAACACUGGACGGAUGACAGCAGCAGUCUAGGAAUUAGCUUCCUAUAUGCUGCAACUCACGAACUGGGCCAUUCUUUGGGUCUGGGCCAUUCCUCCAAGCAGGAUUCGGUGAUGUACCCAACAUACAAAAUGCCAGAAGCACAAGAUUUCAAACUUGCACCGGAUGACAUUGAAGGCAUUCAGAAAUUAUAUGGAAAGCGAGGUGAUCCAAGCACGAGUUAGAAAGUCCAGGGAGAGUUCACCUGGCUCCCUAUCAGUAAUCUCCAAGCACAACCAACAGGUGCACAGACUUCAUUCUCCCCGGCACUGUGAGUGGAUUUUGCACACUUCUCUCCCACCUCUGAGGGUCACCUCCUUCACAGCGUGGCAUCAUUCUUCAGACAACAAGGAGUUGGUAGAUGUCAGUAAUUGUUAUAUUCACAAAUAAUUAAACUUUUACCCCAAAUUACUUAUACUUGGGAGAAGUUUUGUUCUGUGGUAAGGGAAGAUAUACUAUCUGAUAAAAUCAAAGACUGAGAUUAAAAAAAACAAACAAACAGGCUUCUCUCUCCAGAUGCCAAUAGCACACACUGAGCCCUGGCAAUGGAAUCUGUCAUCCAGCAGUGCUAAAUAACCCCUAAGAGGCAAACUGCCCAGAUGAGAACCUCCGAGCUAAAAAUAGGAAAUUAUAUUUGUAAAGUAUUUGAUUUAUACUUAGUGUUUCUUCCACCUCUAUUCUACCUACUAUUCCUGUACUGUUUAGUAGGAAAGAAAAACCAAUGUGAGAUUAAUGUAACAUUGGCUGGUUUUGACACUUAUUUGUGGAAAGGAGUGUCAUAUUUAAUAAAUUAAAAACACCUGUUUGCCAAGGCCAAGAUACUA